GAGGGCAAGAAAGUGAAUCGCGCUGGGCACGGGCCACCGGGUACUCGCGGCUGGCCUAGUGUUGAGCUGCCUCCUGUCGGGUGCGGAGGUGACCGGCUCAGACGCGGUGUGUGUGAUCUUGACGGGCCGAGCGCAAGUCGUGACCAGGAACGGACCAGAGGACUCGCCGCCUUCGCCGCCAUGAACAACUACAACUCGCAGGCAGCAACGGACGUGGUCGCCAUGGACAUUCACCAGCCCGACCACAUGGUGUCGUUUGGGAAGAAGAAGGGCUGUUACAUAAGCCGGAGUGUGUCGCUUCUCCUGGCCGUCUUCUUCCUCAGCGGGAUGGUCGCCACGGGCCUCCUCGUCUACUACUACGCGCCGCAUGAAGUGGGGGCCAAAGCACAGCAGAAGGAGACUAUACGAUAUACUCAGGCAAAUGAUAACACGAGAAAUGUUAUACCAGAAGUUAAUAAACCCCCCAAGAUCAGCACAACCACUACAACGUCAACAACCACAACGACUACAACAACGCCCAUGCCCACAACCACCACCGCUACAACUACAACAACAAUGGCGCCCAAGGAGAAGAUGAACGUGCGGUUGCCUCGCUCCCUCAAACCCAUGCACUACUUGGUCAAACUUCAGCCUUUAAUCAACGGCAACUUCAGCAUCCUCGGCUACGUGGAGGUGGAGAUGGAGGUCCUGGAACCGACCUCCAACAUCACACUUCACAUCGCCGACAUCGUCACUUAUAAUGAGACAGUGAAAAUAAACGGAAUGGGAAAUGCAUCCGCUCCUGGGAUUAAAAUGCAUGAAUACGACAACUACAGAGAAUUCUACAUCGCUCACCUGGACAAGGAGCUGCAGCAGGGGGAGAAGUACGUUUUGUCCAUGGAAUUCCUCGCUUAUCUCAACGACCAGCUCCGCGGUUUCUACAGGUCCUCAUAUAAGGACGUAGACGGGAAGGAAAAAAUGCUUGCGGUAACACAGUUCCAAGCCACAUCUGCCCGCCGAGCCUUCCCUUGCUUCGACGAGCCCGGGCUGAAGGCAACGUUCGAGGUCUACCUAGGACGUCAAGAGAAUAUGUCGUCUAUUUCCAACAUGCCCAUCAUGGAAACUAUACCUGUUGAAGGUCAGGAGGGCUGGGUCUGGGACCACUACGAGGAGAGUGUCCCCAUGUCCACCUACCUCGUCGCCUUCGUCGUCUCGGAUUUCGCGAGCAUGAACUCCACUGUCAACGACCAUGUUCUCUUUAGAGUGUGGUCGCGGCAGUCGGCCAUAGAACAGGCGGAGUACUCGAGGGACAUCGGUCCGGCGAUCCUCACGCACUUCGAGGACUACUUCGGCGAGCCGUACCCGCUCCCGAAGCAGGACAUGAUCGCUAUCCCCGACUUCUCCGCCGGCGCCAUGGAGAACUGGGGCCUCAUCACAUAUAGAGAGACGGCCAUGCUGUACGACCCGGUGGUGUCCGGGCCGAGCAACAAGCACCGGGUGGCGCUGGUGGUGGCACACGAGUUGGCACACCAGUGGUUUGGAAACCUCGUCACUCCCACGUGGUGGACCGACCUGUGGCUCAACGAGGGCUUUGCUUCAUUCGUCCAGUACAUUGGCAUGGAUUACGUCGAACCCUCUUGGAAGGUGAUGGAGGAAUUCGUCGUCACUCGACUCCAGAGAGUGUUUGCGCUUGACAGCCUCGAGUCAUCUCACGAGAUCAGCAUCCCUGUCGGCCACCCGGAUGAGAUCAGACAAAUUUUCGAUAGCAUAUCCUAUGACAAAGGCGCCUCUAUUAUUCGAAUGAUGAACCACUUCCUUAGCGAAAACUCCUUCAGAAAGGGAGUAAGCAACUACCUCACUGCAUUUAAGUACGAAGCCGCCGAGCAAGAUGACCUGUGGGAGCACCUCACGAUGGCCGCUCACGAGGACGGCACUCUGCCCCAGGACGUCACCGUCAAGAAGAUCAUGGACACCUGGACGCUGCAGAUGGGAUACCCCGUCAUCAAGGUGGAGAGGAGCGCCGACGGCACGUCCGCCACCGUCUCUCAGAAUCGAUUCUUGUUGGUGGCGAAGGAGAACUCAAGCGCCGACGACCACGACUAUAAGUGGUGGGUUCCUCUCACCUACACGUCUCAGAGCGAAUCCAACUUCAGUCAGACUCAAGCCAUGGUGUGGAUGAAGGACUCCGAGGAACAGAUCACUCUCUCAUCUCUUCCCACGAAGGACGAGUGGGUCAUCUUCAACCUGCAGGAGACGGGCUACUACAGAGUCAACUACGACGACCACAACUGGGGCCUCCUCGUCCAGCAGCUGAAGGACGACCACGAGGUCAUCAGCACCACCAACCGAGCCCAGAUUAUUGACGACGCCAUGGACCUCGCUCGUGCUGGCCAGCUGAACUAUGAGAUCGCCCUUGGUGUAUAUGCUUACUUAGGCAACGAGACCGAGUAUGUGCCCUGGGCAGCUGCUGUUAACAAUAUUGGUUAUCUGGAAAGCAUGUUCAAACGCAAGGCCGGAUAUGGAGCUCUCAAGAAAUACAUCCUGGACCUGGUGGUGCCGUUGUACGAGUCCGUCGGCUUCACCAACAGGCACUCCGACCCGUUCCUGGAGCAGUCGAAGCGCAGGACGGCUGUGUCUUGGGCGUGCAUGCUCGGCCAUCAGGACUGCCUCGAUAACGUCCUCUCUCUCUACCGACAGUGGAUGAGGAAUCCCGAGAACGAGACCCUCAUCUCGCCUAACCUGAAAUCGACGGUGUACUGCCGCGCCAUCGCCGAGGGCGGGGAGGCCGAGUGGGACUUCGCCUGGGAGCAGUACCUGCGCUCCAACGUGGGCACCGAAAAGGCCCUCCUGCUCUCCGCCAUGGCGUGCAGCAAGGAGAUCUGGAUCUUGUCAAGGUUCCUGGACAUGGCCUUCACGCCCGGCAGCGGCAUCCGAAAGCAGGACUCGGAUCGUGUCUUUGCCUCAGUAGCUUACAACAAGGUCGGCGGUCCCUUGGCGUGGCGCUUCCUCAGGGACCAGUGGAAGAGGAUCUAUGAUUUCCAUGGAAAGGCCAAGGGCGGCCUGAUCAAGUCUGGCACCUCAGGCUUCAACACAGACCUGCAGCUGAAGGAGAUCGAAUUGUUCAAACAAGAACACGAAGAGGAUUUGAGUGGAGCCUCUAGAAGCGUCGACCAAGUCCUCGAGAGCACAAAGAACAGCAUCGCUUGGCUUGACCGCAACUACGAGAACAUCGUCCAGUGGCUUGACAACAACGGCUACAGCACCAAACUUCAAAACGAGUAGUUCUUUGGCAUUCUCCUUUUAAAUAUAAUCCCAACAUUCUUUUAUAACUUUUGACACUAAACAAAUAUGUUACUUGUGGUAAUCUCAAUAGUGUCAAAAGUAUAUUGUUUGAGUGAUGGCGAACCUCAUAAAGUAUGGUCAUAAUAUCAUUCAAACAGCAUCUGUAAAAUUCAUUCAUAUAGACCUGUAACUGUAACCUCACGGUGUGCAGACUUAUUCUGUCAUCUUCAUUCAAACAAACUUAGUCUCUUCCUUGCCUUCCUGUGUUGUUAUGUCUGUCAUAUUAUUUAUUGUGUUUCAAGUAUCUAUAUAUACAAUAGCUUCAGUAAUAAGUGAAACGAUCUCUUAUAUACAUUUUAUCACAUAUCAAGAUUUAUUAUGUGAAAUAUGUUCCAUACACCAUCAAGACUGUACAGGCAGUCCGUAGACCCUUUUCAAUGCGUAUUUUUUUUUACUCACCACAAGGCAAUCAGCAGGAUGUAGCAUAUUAAUGGAUUGACAGGAAGAAAUCUGUAGUGGGAAUAUGACACUUAACUAAGAACAGCGCGGUGGUCUAUUGUACUUGGUAAAACAUCUGUUUCGAUUGCAUUUCUGAAAUGGAUCUAUACAAAACGUAAAAACCCUACAUUCUGUAUUAUCAUGAGGCUUAUCUAUUCCUAUAUGAGAAAAGGAAUUUACUUUUCUGUUAAUCUAAUAAAAAUGGAUAUCUUUUCUAUACCAGGUAAAGUAUGGAAAAUGCAGAUGGAG